AUGCCAAAUUCCGUCUUUCUAAUUGCAGAUCGGCGUCGGUACAGGACGUCCGGCGGUGGUUCCCGUGACGACCGUGGGGGCGGUCGCGACUUCCGGAGCGGGUGGGGUGGCAAGGGGGGUAGUGGCGGAGGGGGUAGUGGCCGCUCAGGGGGGUAUGGGCAGGGAGGGGGGAUGAAGUCUGGUGGCAGUUUCAACCAGGGGGGUAGCAGCGGGGGGUUAAAAUCAGGGGGGUUCAACCAGGGGGGUGCCAGUGGUGGUUUGAAUCAGAACGCCGGGUCGAACCAAUCUCAGCAGUUCGGGGGUGUGCCCAUGAUGAACGGUGCCAUGAGCAACGGAGGUGGGAUCCCCUCCCUCCUGAGCCAAGUGGUACAGCCCGGGCAGAAUGUGUCAAGCUAUACCGGUUAUCAGUUUCAGUAA